GCAUGCGCGGCUGCUGGCGCCCAGCCCCGCCCCCCCAGGUUGUGUGAGGGGACGCGGUGCGGCGGCGGCCGCUCUCCCGGGGCACGGCAGGUGCUGUAGGCAUAGAAAAGGCCAAAGCAUCCAGGUAGCCUUUCGACAUCCCUAUUCAGAAGCCUGCAUCUUCUGUUAAUUGUGAAGACUGGAAUCCAAAGAACUGGAACAUCUUGGUGGUGUUGCCAGUAGAAUAGUAUUAGGUAUGGCUUACUUGCUGGUGGGAACAAUGAAAGCAAAUGUAUUUGUGUAGAUGUGAGCCUUACUUUGAGACUGUCAAGGUUUCGUAUGAUGAGGCUUUUAUUAUGGCCAGUGAUCCCUUGGAAGGCUUUCAUGAAGUGAACCUCGCUUCGCCUACUACACCAGAUCUUCUUGGAGUAAAUGAGCCAGGGACUCAGGAACAAACUACCUCACCCAGUGUUAUCUACCGACCACAUCCUUCUGUUGUGUCCUCCACACCAAUCCAACCCAAUGCAUUAAAUGUUUCUGAUCUUCCCACACAGCCUGUUUAUUCAUCUCCCAGACAACUGAAUUGUGGGGAAGUAUCAGGUGUCAGCAUCAGUGUUACUGACACAGUACUUUGUUCUACCUCUGGACCCCAGAGUGGGUCAUUCAAUCACAAUAAUUCCAGAAAGGAGAGCAAUAACGUAGAGAGAGAGUUUUUGCAGGGUGCUACAGUAGCAGAUGUUGCUGAAGGAAAUGAAGAUAUUUUUGGGUUGAGUACAGACAGUUUAUCUCACUUACGGAGCCCAUCUGUACUGGAAGUAAGAGAAAAGGGCUAUGAACGGUUGAAAGAAGAACUUGCAAAAGCUCAGAGGGAGCUGAAGUUAAAAGAUGAAGAAUGUGAAAGGCUUUCUAAAGUGCGAGAUCAACUUGGACAGGAAUUGGAAGAACUUACAGCUAGUCUGUUUGAGGAAGCACACAAAAUGGUUAAAGAAGCUAAUGUCAAACAAGCUGCAGCAGAAAAACAGUUAAAAGAAGCACAAGGAAAGAUUGAUGUCCUCCAGGCCGAAGUAGCAGCACUGAAAACACUAGUACUGUCUACUUCACCAACAUCUCCAACUAAAGAGUUUCAGUCUAGUGGAAAAGCUCCUUUUAAGAAAGGCCAUGCAAGAAACAAGAGUACAAGCAGUGCUAUGGGUGGCAGUCAUCAGGACCUUACCGUGAUGCAGCCAAUUGUAAAAGACUGUAAGGAGGCUGACCUGUCUUUGUACAAUGAAUUCAGAUCUUGGAAGGAUGAGCCUACUAUGGACAGAACAUGUCCUUUCUUGGACAAAAUUUAUCGGGAAGAUAUUUUUCCAUGUUUAACCUUCUCAAAAAGUGAGUUGGCUUCAGCUGUUCUGGAAGCUGUUGAAAACAACACUCUGAGCAUUGAACCUGUUGGCUUGCAACCUGUUCGAUUUGUGAAAGCUUCUGCAGUUGAAUGUGGCGGACCAAAAAAAUGUGCUCUCAGUGGACAAAGUAAGUCAUGUAAGCAUCGAAUCAAAUUAGGAGAUUCAAGCAGUUAUUACUACAUUUCUCCUUUCUGUCGUUACAGGUGGAUCAGAUGUUCUGGGAAGUUAUGCAGCUGAGAAGAGAGAUGUCACUAGCAAAACUUGGCUAUUACAAGGAAGAGCUCUAAAUCUUUUUACUCUUGCGCAUGCAUGAACUUCAUUGAAUAUAUAUAACUAAAAUUGCUGAAUCUUUCUUUUUGUCACUUGAUAUUUAUUUCCACAAAGUGGGUCCAAGAUCUUUAUCCUUUUGCAGAUGGCACUAAGAAGUACUUUGAUUGUUUUAAACUGACUUAUGCUGUAUAUGCAUACAUAUAAUACUUAGUUGAACAAAUGUGGUAAGCACUUGCAGGUGUAUUAGUGAUUGUAAUUUACAUUUAAAAACAGAACUUCUGAUUAAAGUGUUAGUCUGAA